GCGGUGAAUCAGCGCUAGCUCGAGGACACCGCAGCCGGGAUGGAGGCUCUCAGAGCGGGUCAGCGACAGGGGCUGACCUCGGCGAACUUCUCAGUGAGUCCAGAGCGGGAUUAACUCCCGGGUUACCGUCUGGUUUCCGGUAUUACCGGAGGAUCGGAGAAGAGCGUCGGGGCGAGGAGCAGCCGUGAACAGUCAGCGGAGCUCCGUGGUUCCUCCGCUCCGCCCGAGAGCUCCGCAGCCGGGAUGAAGCCCGGCUGAGCGGCCGUGCAGUGAGAGCAGCGCCGGGCCGGGACAGCAGCAGCGCCGGGCCGGGCCGGGACGGGAGCACCGCGGGCUCCGCGGUCGUGUUGUCGCGGGGCAGAGAGCGGAACUCUCCGCGUCAUGCGGACCCCAUAAUGCCGCUGGAUACACGUCAGCAGCUCCGCAGACAACGGCCGCAUUCAUCCCGCCCGUCGGUCCGCGGGGCCCGCUGAGCAGACAUGGCUCUGAAGGCCCGGAGACCCUGGACCACCCUGCUGCUCGGGGUCUUCCUCGGCUUCACCGCGUCCUCCUGGCUCAUAGUUCCGCAGGUCCUGGACGGGAAGAGGCGGGGAGCCCCGGUGUGCCCCUACCGGGGCUCCCCGCCCGGCGGCGGGCUCGACCCGCCGAGAGACCCGGGCAGAGAGCGGCUCAGCCCGGAGGAGGAGCGGCCCCCCGCCCCGGGCCCGGGCAACGGCACCGGGAGGCCGGUCGGCACCCCCAAACACUUCCUCUAUGUGGGCGUCAUGACGGCCAAGAAGUACGUGGGCUCCCGGGCCGUGGCAGCCUACCAGACCUGGGCCGGAUCCAUACCGGGGAAGGUGGAGUUCUACUCCAGCUCCGGGUCCGGGUCCGUCCCGGUUUCGGUCCCGCUCCCGGUGGUCUCCCUGGACGGAGUGGACGACUCGUACCCGCCGCAGAAGAAGUCCUUCAUGAUGCUCAAAUACAUCCACGACCAUUACCUGGACCAGUACGAGUGGUUCAUGAGGGCCGACGACGACGCCUACAUCAGAGGUGAGAAGCUGGAGUCCUUCCUGCGCUCCCUGAACAGCAGCAAGCCCCACUACCUGGGCCAGACGGGCCUGGGCAUGGCCGAGGAGGUGGGCCGGCUGGCCCUGGAGCCCGGGGAGAACUUCUGCAUGGGCGGCCCGGGGAUGAUCUUCAGCCGGGAGGUGCUCCGCAGGAUGGUGCCCUACAUCGGCACCUGUCUGAGGGAGAUGUACACCACCCACGAGGACGUGGAGGUGGGCCGCUGCGUGCGGCGAUUCGGAGGGACUCAGUGUGUGUGGUCCUACGAGAUGCAGCAGCUUUUCUAUGAGAACUACGAACACAACAAGAAGGGCUUCAUCGAAGAGCUCCACAGCCGGAAGAUCCAUAACGCCAUCACGCUGCACCCCAACAAGAACCCGGCCUACCAGUACCGGCUGCACGGCUUCCUGCUGAGCAGGGAGAUCUCCCGGCUGCGGUACCGGACCAUCUCCCUGCACCGCGAGGGUCUGGCCAUGAGCCGCCUGAGCGACACCGAGGUUCUGUGGGAGGACCAGCAGCUCGGCGCUCCGCCGUCCUACAUGCGCUAUCGGCCCGACGACAGGAACAACGUCAUCUCCUGGAACUUCCUGACGGGCCGCCACGUCUACGCCGCGGUGGAGAACAAGAUGGCCCGGCAGAGCCUGGGGAACCUGCUGCGGACGGCGCUGGAGGACGUCGUCCUGCAGGUCAUGGAGAUGAUCAACGAGAACUCCAAGACUCGCGGCCGUGUGAUCGACUUCAAGGAGAUCCAGUACGGCUACUACAGAGUGGAUCCGAUGCACGGCGCCGAGUACAUCCUGGACCUGCUGCUCCUGUACAAGAAACACAAAGGCCGCAAGAUCACGGUGCCGGUGCGGCGGCACGCCUACCUGCAGCAGUCCUUCAGCCGACCCUUCUUCGCUGAGAACGAGGAGAUCGACGUGGCGGAGCUGGUGGCCGCCAUCAACUCGGAGUCCCAGUCCCUGUCCUUCCUGUCCAACUCUCUGAAGUUCCUGUCGCCGUUCCAGUUCUACGAGUCCACCAGAGAGAUGUGGGAGCAGAACCAGAGGCAGGUCAACGUCCUGGUCCCGCUGUCCGGCCGCUACGACACGCUGGUCCGCUUCAUGGAGAACUUCGAGAAGGUCUGCCUGGUGCCCAAGCAGAACGUGAAGCUCUCGGUCAUUCUGGUGGACGGCGAGGGCAGCCAGAGCAGCAGGAAGCAGGUGGAGCUGAUGGAGGACUACAGCAGGAAGUACCCCCGCGCGGACCUGGCCGUGAUCCCCAUGACGGGGAACUUCUCCCGCGGACUGGCGCUGGAGCUGGGCUCCUCGCAGCUCCACAACGACUCACUGCUCUUCUUCUGCGACGUGGACCUGCUGUUCAGCGCCGACGCCCUGCAGCGCUGCAGGGACAACACGGCUCAGGGCCGCCAGGCCUACUUCCCCGUCGUCUUCAGCCAGUACAACCCCAAGAUCGUGUACGGCGAGAAGCCGCCGACAAACAGCAAGUUCGUCCUGACCAAGAAGAGCGGCUUCUGGAGGGACUACGGCUUCGGCAUCGCCUGCAUCUUCAAGAGUGACCUGCUGAGGACGGGCGGUUUCGACACCUCGAUCCUGGGCUGGGGACUGGAGGACGUAGACCUCUUCACCAAAGUCAUCAAUUCUGGUUUGAAAGUGGUCCGCAGUCAGGAACCGGGCAUCGUGCACGUUUACCACCCGGUCCACUGCAACGCCAGCCUGGAGCAGAAGCAGCAGAAAAUGUGCGUGGGGUCGAGGGCCAGCACGUUCGCGUCCGCCAUGCAGCUGGCGGAGCUGUGGCUGGAGAAGCACAUCGAGGCGGGCUACAACAGGACGUCCUCCUGAUGCCUCGGGACCGGACUGUCCAUCCAGACCGCUGAGCGGAGCGGUCAGGUACACCCUGCUCACGCUGAGCUGACACAUCAGGUACACGCUGUCCAGGCAGCGUCCAAUCAGACUGCUCCAACACUCGGUACGCCGUAUUGCAAUAAUAAUCUGAGAUAAGUCAAGUGUUUGGGCGCUCCUGACAGCCCCGUAACUCGCAGCGGUACACUUCAUGUUCAGAAAACCUUCGUUCGGCUCAGGCGGUCGUCACGUUUCCGUUGGUACGGUGAAACCCUUCACAUGUGGUGCUUUGGGACCAUCCUGACAUCUGAAACCUCAGAAUCGUGCUGAAGAAUUCCAACGACUUACCCAAAGAACAAGUUCCAUCAGCAGGGAGAGCAAGUGAUCAAAAGAGGAGGGACAGAAGUCAAACUGCAGGACAAUCAUCAGGUGUCUGUCUCUGAUUGUGUUUCUCCUGCAGUCAUAUUGAGGUUUUAUUGGAUUUGGGAUUGAAUGAAGGUUGAUGGGCUUCUUUCAGGUUCAACCAAAUGAUUCUUUUGACCAAACCAGUUAGUUUUCUUCCAUCAGAACGGCUUCCGGAGCUCCUGGAGACUCAUCUGUUCACCUGUUCUCCAUUCCUGAGCCGUGAAUCACUGGAGUUCAGAAACUGUUGAGAUUUUUCUAUUGACAUGCACCAAAAACAGCGGGGGAUGUAUUUUGUAAUUUCUUAUUGAUGUCUGGAAGCCAUAACUUCCAGUUAUCACGCAGCUUCAUCUUUUGAGCUCUUCAGUCUAAUUUUUUUUUUCUUGACGGCUGCAGUGCAGCUCUGUGAGAUGUAAUCUGAUUUGUUUCCAUCAGUCUGUUUCAGUUCGUGACUUUAACCCUUUAUCAGACACGUGAGAGCGUUUUGUCAUUUAUGACUGUCACAGAUUCAAACCUCACCUGUUCUUUAAAAGCAGUAUGAACAAAUGAUGACGGUUUUUGUCAGUUUUGCACUUGUCAACAGAUUUUAUUCUUAUUGAAAUACACACCUGUUUGUAUUGUUUCAUGUUUAUUUCUUAAUAUAUUUAUUGAAUGAAGGAUUAUUUCAGUGUUUUCAGUUUCUGACUGCUUAAACGACAUAAAGGGUUAAAGUCUGCCAGCAAUAAUAAGUGCUGUAUUAACAUUUCAUUAUUUCUAAUAAA